GGACCUGCAGCUCUAAAUUAGACAGUAUGCCUGAUGAUCAUGAGAGCGACGACUCUGGGAGUCAGAACCCGGAGCGAGGAGUCCGUUUUGUCGACACAGAUCUGAGCAUCAAUCCCUCGAAGAAGGCUCAAGAGGAAGGUUUUGCUAAUACAGCGGACAAAUACUACAAAGAUGUGCAGUCUAUCCAUGGCGAUAUGGCUGCCAAGCGGAGGGCAAUUACAGAAUUGCUCUUCUUUGCGAGCGUGGGCGAUCUGAGGCGCUGCCAACGUAUCGUCAGACUAUGGAAAUUGAAAGUCUCAGAUGACGCUUGCUGCGAUUACGACAAAAGGACUCCACUGCAUCUUGCCGCCAGUGAGGGCUGCUACAAAGUCACGGAAUGGCUCAUUGAUCAAAACGCUGUGGUCAACUGCCGUGAUCGCUUCAAGCGGACGCCUCUAGAGGAUGCAGCAAGGGGGGAUCAUGUGGAAGUGACGAAGCUGCUGCUUGACCAUGGAGGCAAGGUGUUUGAGGAUGGCAAGCUCGUGGACCUCAGCGACUCGCACUUAUCUGGCAAGAUGCGAGACAUCCCUGAGAACAUCGUGGACCUGGAGGUGGACUGGGAGAUAGAUCCUGAUGCACUGACCAUUCUAGAGAAGAUAGGUGAGGGCGAGUUUGGGAUUGUGCACAAGGCUCUCUUUCAUGGCACCUUGGUCGCGGCAAAGAUCCUGAAGGGGAGCAGCGCCAUCGCGCUGGGGGAUUUUCGAUCAGAAAUCGAGGUUCUGCGGAAGGUGCAUCACCCAAACGCAGUGCAGUUUCUGGGUGCUUGCACCAAGCAGGAGCCCUACAUCCUUGUCACAGAGCUCAUGGUGGGAGGCUCUCUGUCGGAUGCGAUGCGGAUGUCCCGGCACUUCACAUUGAGGCGAGCCAUGGAGAUUGCAGUGGACACUGCGCGCGGCCUGGCCUACCUCCAUGCCAAAAAGAAUGGCGCCAUCAUCCACAGGGACUUGAAGCCUGGGAACCUUAUGAUUGCUGGCUCUCAAUAUCAAAGCAGGGACAGCCUGGUCUUUGACACAGGGACCAUCAAGCUGGCAGAUUUUGGGCUCAGCAAGUCCUUGCCGGUGAACAAGCAUGCUGGCUAUGACUUGGAUUCAAAGUUCAAGCUGACAGGGGAGACUGGCAGCUACCGCUACAUGGCUCCAGAGGUCUUCCGCCAUGAGCCCUACAACUUCAAGGUGGAUGUGUACUCCUUUUCCAUGAUUGCCUACCAGCUGUUUGAGCUGUGCCCGCCCUUUGCUGGGAUGGACCCGGUGGAUGCCGCGCGCAAGGCAGCCCUGGCCGAGGAGCGGCCUCCCCUCAUGCGCCUGGCCACUAAGAUGCCCACCAUGCUGGCAUUGAAGAAGAUGGUGACGAGGUGCUGGGACCCCAACCCGGAGAGGCGGCCCAACUUUGAGGACGUGGUGAAGGUGCUGGAUGACCUCAUAAAGAUGAUGCCGCGGGAAACUGCAUCAUCGGGGGCCUGCUGCAGCCUGCAAUAGGCAGCAGCAUCAGUGUGUGCCACUCAAACACAUUGUCUUAGGAGUGGCUGGCGCGAUCAGAAUUUUGUAGUGUUUAUCCCUUGUUUGGGAGGUUUUACGUGCGUGUCUGGGAUUUAUUGAACUCUCCAGAGUGGCUGGGAUUCCUUGUGCCUCUUCAUGGCUCAUAUUACACAUGGCAAGUGACGUACUGACUGGUAUGUUUUUGACCUGACAAGAGAUGGCCGGCCCAUGACACCUGCUGCUGGUGACAUAUAGGACAUUACCUUGGGUGUGCUCGUGAUGACGUCUUCGUUCUACACUCCCUUGAAGACUCCCUCCCUGGGAGACUUCCUUCGGAAUCCCUGGGAGUCCGAAGGAAGUCCUGAUAUAGAUAUAGAUUUUGCUUUCUUAAAACAGAGUGAAGUGGAAAUCUGCUCUGCAUUGAUGGUGCCAUAUAGGGGAUUGACGUUCUGCCUCAGACCGUUCUGGCAUCGCCGAACGACCAACUGGCGCUGUUUCAGACAUGCUGAUGUAAUGAGUGCCUUCCCUU